UCAUCUUUUAUCUACAGAAAACCCUAGCUCCCUUAGCUGAACAUCUCCGCCUCUUUUGACCAAAAAAAACAAAAGCUCUGUGCCCCUUUGCAGCGAAAUCUCUAUCAACAAAGACGAUGAUUAUCUCAGAGACCAACCGCAGAGAGAUCUGCAAGUACCUCUUCAAAGAAGGAGUAUUGUUUGCGAAGAAAGAUUUCAAUCUCCCGAAGCAUCCGUUGAUUGAGUCAGUGCCCAACUUGCAAGUGAUCAAGCUCAUGCAGAGUUUCAAGUCCAAGGAGUACGUUAGGGAGACGUUCGCUUGGAUGCACUACUAUUGGUUUCUGACCAAUGAAGGGAUUGAGUUCUUGAGAACUUACCUUAACCUUCCGUCUGAUGUUGUUCCUGCGACCUUGAAGAAGUCUGCUAAGCCCAUUGGUCGUCCCUUUGGUGGCCCACCUGGUGAUCGCCCAAGAGGACCACCUCGUUUUGAUGGAGACCGUCCAAGAUAUGGUGACCGUGAUGGGUACCGUGGAGGGCAACGUGGUGGAGAUGUUGGAGGUGAAAAGGGUGGAGCUCCUGCUGAUUACCAGCCCUCGUUCCAAGGAGGUGGUGGUAGGCCUGGAUUUGGCCGUGGUGCAGGAGGUUUCAGCGCAGCAGCACCCUCUGGUUCUGGUUUACCUUGAAAGAAAUUUAUGUAAUCGUUAAGCUAUGGAAAGACUGUUUUUUUUUUUUUUUUUUUUGGCUUCAGUUUUGUUUCUGUAAUACACAUCGGGAAUCUAUAAUCUAUCUAUUUCUAUGACUUUUGGUCUAAAGAAACAAAUCUUAUAGUUGAAUUCUUGUUGAAAUGCACGUUUCUUAUUA